AUUGUCUUCUGUUUCUAUCUUCUUCGUCGGCCUGAAUCUUCCCUCGGCAAUCAGGGUUGUGAAAUUGAUCGGAUUUUCUUCCUCCGAACUCCGAUUCAACGGAGCGGCUGAAAUAUAAACUUUCAGUUCUUCUUCCGAUUGAAUUGUUAUUCAUAAUUUGGCGUGAAAAAAAGAGGGAAAAACAUUACGGAGAUGGUACUAUCGCAGAAAUUUCACGAAGCGUUCAAGGGGACAGUGGAGAGAAUAACGAGCCCUAGAACCGUUUCUGCCUUCAAAGAAAAAGGAGUUCUGACCGUUCAGGAAUUCGUCCUCGCCGGCGACAAUCUGGUUUCCAAAUGCCCCACUUGGUCUUGGGAAUCAGGUGAGCCGAGCAAAAGGAAGUCAUAUCUACCGGUAGACAAGCAAUUCUUGAUAACUAGAAAUGUACCUUGUCUGCGGAGAGCUGCAUCUGUGGAAGAAGAAUAUGAAGCUUCUGGAGGUGAAGUUUUGCUUGAUAAUGAGGACGGUGAUGGUUGGCUCGCAACUCAUGGAAAACCUAAAGAAAGCAAAAGCAGCGAUGAUGAAGAUGUACCUUCAAUGGAUGCAUUAGAUCUUGGCAAGAGCAAUACUAUAAAAUCAAUCCCAUCGUAUUUUGGAGGCGAGGAAGAGGAGGAUAUUCCUGACAUUUCUGAAUUCGAGGAUUCUGACAAUCUAAAUGAAUCUGACCCAGCAGCACUUCCGUCUACCUACCUAGUGGCUCUUGAGCCUGAUGAUGACAAUAUUCUCAAAACCAGAACUUAUGAUGUGAGCAUCACCUAUGACAAAUACUAUCAAACUCCCCGCGUGUGGCUAACUGGCUACGAUGAGUCGAGGAAGCUUCUGCGUCCAAACCUUGUUCUUGAAGAUGUUAGUCACGACCAUGCGCACAAAACGAUCACGGUUGAAAGUCAUCCACACUUACCUGGAGAGCAUGCAUCUAUCCAUCCAUGUCGACAUGGAGCUGUAAUGAAGAAAAUUAUUGAUGUUCUUGUGUCUCGAGGAGUUGAGCCAGAAGUCGACAAGUAUCUUUUCUUAUUCUUGAAAUUUAUGGCUUCAGUCAUUCCAACUAUUGAAUAUGAUUAUACCAUGGACUUCGAUCUUGGCAGCUCAGGUGCCUAAUUGCAAGUUCAGACCUUACCACUAAAGGUUCACUUAAGUCCAUCUUCCAGUCCAGCUUGCUGUGUGGUCCAUCUCCUCCAGCUUUGCUUUCCUGUAUUUAUGUAAAUAUGUUAAAAACUAUGAUUCUCUCCCAGCUUUGGGCAAUAGAUGCUAAAGCUAAUGUUACAUCUAUUUGAAACACUUGGUGUGUCGUGCGUCAAGUGGUGAAUUGAGUUUAUAUUCGUCUAUAUAUAAACUAUUGUUAAUUAUUAUUCGACUGAUGAGGUUUGGUGUUAGCCAUUUGUUGGUUAUUUGCUCUGCGAAAUUCUAGGCUUGCAUUCUUUGAAAUUGAUACUGUUCAAUACAGCGUUGAGAAACAGCAUAUAUGCUUGUUUGGUUCUAUUGAAGGUUUAUUUUUGAACAA